GAGCGAGGUAAAAGGAUCAAGGCUCAGCGUGUGGCAGUUACUCCUCCUCCUAAAUAGCAGUCCCUCCAACAAAACAUGUAGUUUUCAAAAAACAAAUGAAGCAGAAGCGGGUGGUGGUGUGUUUGUUUCCGCCGGACCGUCAGGUUUCUUCUGGGUUUGAGCUUGCGCGCCCAAGGCAGGUGCAGCAAAGAUGGAGUUGAGCAGAAGGAAAGUGCCUCUCUAUGGGCAGGCUAAGGUUUUUGCAUUACUGGAGGGACAGGAUUCAAUGCAGGAAGAUGCUGAAGUGUACAUUGUUCUGGAAGGAUCUACACUGGUGCAUGUCACCAGGGCUCGGCAUGACGUCAUGCUCUGCUUCAUAGUGCCUGGACAUAACCUCGCUGAGGUGGUCUCCGUGCAAGCCUACCUCUGUUCCGAAUCCAUGCCUCUCACCUGGGUGGGCGGAGCAAUGUUGGAGUAUAUUCAAGAUGAUGCUCAGGACCUGGCAGAGCACCUGGUGACACAUAGUCUGGACUCCAUGGAUCACAAAGAGCUGAGCAGCCUCUUCAACCUGGGACAGGAGAGUUCCCGCUGGGUUAUGGAUCGAUGUGUGGCCAUCGCUAUGGCCAACCUGGAUAUUCCUCCAAACUGGAAUAUUUUGGGAAGCCCCAGUAGAGAUGAUCACAGCCCCAAAGAGUCCCUACUCCACCUGGCUGUGCGAUGGGGUCUGUGUAGGCUGGCUGAGCUGCUGCUUUGUCAGCCAGGGGGUCUGAUGGCUAUCCGUCUUCCAAACAAGGAAGGAGUCACGCCACUGCAGCUGGCACACUCAUCAGGCAACAGGGAACUCCUGGAGCUCCUCAUGCACCCGCCCAAUCCUCUAGCCACACCCCCUGCAGGACUAUCUCAGGUGUGGGCAGACCGCUCCCGCUUGCUGAGGUACUGUCAUGAUACGGGGAAUCUGACACUGACUGUCCGGCAAAACCUGAAGUGGAGCUCAGAGGAGAGCCGCCAUGCUGAUAUCUUGUUGCUCAGGAAUAGACUUAGAGAUGCCAACUUCCUCAGAGAGGUUAAAUCACUAAGAAGAGAACACACUGAAGCCAUUUUUGGCAAAGAAGAAUUGGUGGAUGAUCCUGCAGAAAACGGACUUUGUUCUGGCAUCAAUGGAGGUAGUUCAGCUGCAGAUAAUAAUGACUACGACGAAGCACUGAUGUUUUGCCUGAGUCAGGAGUGCCAAGAGGACCAGUUUUCGCAGUCCGACUGUGAGAAAAGCCAGUCUAUUGGAGAGAGCCAGGCCUCAUCCCCCACUCUGGCUGCUGCUGCCAGAUUGUCAGCGAUGAUCCAUGGCAAAGAUAGAGUGUAUGCCAAUGCCAUGCUAGUAGACCAGGUGGACGACGUCGAUAUAAAAUACCACUCCCGCCCAGCACCUGCUGUUGGCAGCCCCUGCUGGGAUUCUUUCUCCACGUCGCCUGCUGACACUAGGACCUAUGUUAAAGAUCACUGCCCACCUUCACACCACAAUUGCGAGACGAUUAUUCAAAACCCAGGCAUGGACAAUUCCAAGGAGCCGCCCCCUUGGGUGUCUCCCCCUUCUCCCUUUGCUUCCUCCCCAUCCUUCCCGUCCUCCCCCCUGGCUUCUGCCUUCCGUUUAUUUGAAGGAGGACAUAAGCGACAGACGCCCCCCGGCCUUCCAGUUUCUCCUAACUUGAACCACAGUAGAUGCAACUUGCCAGUGGUGAACCGCGGACUGAGCCCUAGUCUUGAGUGUGACAGCGGAGAAGAGGACAUACUGGGACAUUCGUACCCCUCCUCAGAUUUGAAGAUUCAGUCCAACUCCCCAGAGUUGAACCACUCUCACUCUGACAGCACACACAAGCCUACAAAGAACCCAGAAGAAGCCGAGGUCCGCCUGCGCUCGUACUCCUACUCCUCCCCCAAGGCGAGGCCGUCACGCCCCUUACUUAACAGAGAUGCAACCAUUACUGAUCUGGCAGAAGAGCAGAGCGUGCUGAGCCUGACGGAGACUUCCAAAGAAAAGAGGGUUUUGGGUUUCCGUAAGCGGGCCCAGUCAGCAGAGGAAGAGAGCAGCGCAUCACUCCAACACCUCACCCUCACAGAGUUCCUUAAAGAGAUUGAGGAUGAGGAGUGGGACAAAUACAUAAUCCCAUCCAAGGUCGAGCCAGAGAAGUACAAAGUGAGCCGGACCUUUAGUUUCCUAAAGAACAGGAUGUCCAGCACUCGCAACAAAACAAAGGUAAAAGGGAAAGAGGUAAAGGAUGGAAAGGAGAAGACGGGAGCAGCCAAUGGACAUCAGUUUUUUCCUCCAUCUCCAUCCGGUCCUGCCGUCUGUGUGGCCUGCGAUAAGUCUGUUUCUGGGAAAGAGCUGCUGCAGUGCUCCAACUGUUUCCUGAAUAUCCACAAGAACUGUCGGGAGUCUGUUGCCCCAUGCGGAAAGAAGCUGCAGGAGAGGAAUGCAUUGCUGAUGAAAACCAAGACCUUGUCUCUCCCACAGACCUCUUUGAAAGACAGCUCUUCAUCCUCCUGUCUGACCUCCUCAUCAGUUUCCCCAUCUUGCUCACUUGCGACAAUAACCAAAGACAAGAGAGAAACACUCACCCCUCUGGCUAAAAGCCUCUCCGUCUCUGUCGAGAGCAGACGCCUGAGUGACACUGCAGGCGUGGAGUUUGACGCCAUUGCAACGUCUUACACUAACAGCUCUCUGUCUGAUGAUGGAACUCCAGUUACGGUGACUCCACCUUCAGUGGACACACCAAUCACCUCACAGUAUGCUAUAGAUGCUCCACUACUGAGUGAUCUGUCAGCUGACCUACUGGGACUGGACACAGAGUCAUGGAGUCUUGCAGUCAGCCCAGACUUCUGCCGGCAGCACGACAGGCGCACCAUCAAGAGACAGGAUGUCAUUUAUGAACUAAUGCAGACAGAGCUGCACCACAUUCAAACACUGACGGUCAUGUCUGAAGUAUUCCGAAGAGGCAUGCUAGAGGAGCUGCAGCUAGAUUGGGAUUGUGUGGCCCGGAUCUUCCCAUGCUUGGAUUCCCUGUUGCUCUUCCACAGGAACCUUUUUGGAGCUUUGCAGGAGCACAGGCAGGCUUCCACCCAACCUGAGAACCAAAGAAAUUACCUGAUACACCAGAUUGGAGACAUCUUGCUUCAGCAGUUCUCAGAUGAAAAUGCAGAGAAGAUGAAGCAAUUAUACGGCGAAUUCUGCAGUCACCACAUGGAAGCCGUCAACGUCUUUAAAGAGCUUCAGCAGCAGAAUAAGAAGCUCCAGAACUUUGUCAAACAACAGAGCAAUAACUCACUCGUCAGGCGGAGAGGGAUCCCAGAAUUCAUCCUUUUAGUCACCCAGCGCAUCACCAAGUACCCAGUGUUAUUGGAAAGGAUAUUACAUUACACACAAGAUGGAAGUCAAGAACACGCUGACUUGUCAAGUGCUCUGGCUCAGAUCCGUGACAUCAUUGCAGCAGUGGACCUGACAGUUAGCAAGUACGAGAUGUCUCAGGAGCUGCAGGAAGUGCUUGCCCGGCUGGAGAAUAAGAGCUUUGCCAAACUAAAGAAUGGCAAGGUGAUCCGCAAGCAGGACCUGCACAGCAAACACAGAGAGCUACAGCAUAAGGGGCUGCUUUACUGGAAGACCGCCACGGGGCGCCUAAAGGACACACUAGCCCUCCUGCUCACAGAUGUUUUGGUUUUCCUGCAAGAGAAAGAUCAACGCUUUGUAUUUGCAGCCGUGGACCAGAAGCCUCCAGUGAUCCCACUGCAGAAGCUCAUUGUUCGAGAAGUAGCCAACGAGGAGCGAGGGAUGUUCCUAAUCUCUGCUUCUUCAGCUGGACCGGAGAUGUAUGAAGUUCACGCCACCACCAGAGAGGAGAGAAAUGCUUGGAUGAGACACAUACGACAAGCGGUAGAGAGUUGCCCAGAGGAAGAGGAGGAGGAGGAACGGAGUGCCGAAUUAGAGGAGGCCAAGAGAGCAGCGGAAGCAAAGGUUCAGAAAAUCUCAAAGUUCCAAGAGACAUUGCUAGGUCAGGACCAACGCAUCUGCAACAGCUUGGAGGAGAAGUUACAUUUAUAUGCUGAGCUCACAGAGUUAAGCCUGCGGUCUCCUGAAGCCAUACCGCAUCGCCAUCUGCUGGUACAACCAGACAUUGACAGUGAUACACCAAGACAGGCCUCAACACUGCUCAAAGCUGCACUCAGAGAAGCGGAGAACCUGAUAACCUUACUGCAACAUGAUGGCCUUCCUGCACAAAGUGGGGACUCUCCGACCCGUGGGCAAGAGGGCUGUAACUACAAUAGUCAAAGCAGCAGCAUUCAAGAGUCUCCCUCUGAACUGGAUUACCUGAGCACGCUCAGUAUGAGCUCCACCUCUCUGGGGUCAGACAGUGAAGGAACAGAUAGCGUGUUGUGGAGCCCUGCUGAGCCAAAGAAAGGAGACACCAAAGAAACACUGUUCAAGGUAGCGGAGAGUGUCCAGAGUCUGACCCAGCUUCUUUAUAGUCUGCAGGCGGCUGUGACCCUUCAAGACAGCUGUCUCGAGAUCCAGAAAAUUCUUCUUCAGGAGGGAGACAAGUCUCAGCUGAAGACCCUCACCUCCCUCCAAAACACCCUGGAUCAGGAGAGGCAGAAGGGCACUGACAAGAAGAAAGAGGACAUUGAGAAGAAGAGUUUAGAGAGAAAGAAGGAAGAGGUGGAUGAGGUGCAGAAACUCCACCUGAAGCUGAAACACGAACAACAGCGCUGGGACAAAGAGUGUCUGGCCAGAGAGAAACAACAGAGUGAACAGGAAAGCGCAUUGGAGCAACGUGAGCAGCAUUGCAUCCUGGAGGCAGAGAGGCUACGAUGUGAGAGAGAGGAGCUGGACGCUCAUCUGCUGGAGUACCGCAACAAUCUGGACAGACUUCGGGAGGGCCAGAAAAGUGUGGACAGAGAAAAGGAGAAGAUUGAAGCCCAGCAGAGGUUCCUCCAGAGCUGGAGACACAACCGGCAGAGUAGCCUGCCUGUCACCAUUCCCAUGGAUGGAUACAAGGUGUCAAAUCACAGCCGCUCAGGCAGCCUGGAUGCCAACUGUUGGACAUAUGAAAAUGAUGCAGCUCUGCUCGCCUCCCUCCAAAAGAACCAGCCAGUCCACAACAACAACAACCCGCACCAGUAUCUGCUCUCCCCCCCGAGGAACCAUGACGUCCCCAGGCACAGCGCCGGCUAUGGAGCAGACGUCAGCCUCAGCGCCAGCCUCUACAAUAGCCUCAACGCCCUGCUGAGCCAAGCACAUAGAAAACAACCACAGGAUGGUCUUACGUACCCAAACUACUCCAAGAACAACGGUUGCACCCGACCUCCAAACGAUUCUGUCCGUCCUUUCAGCAGCAGAGUCACGCCGCAGCCACACACCACCAGCAAGCACCUCAGUCCACAGUUGGACCGCCAUUCCCUGGGGGCCUGGAGGCCGAAAGUCACAAGUCCAGAACUUUACGAAAAUUACUCGUCCUCCUCUCCCUCUCUUACCCCACUCCUGCCCCAGCAGUCCUACCUCUCUCUCGAAGGACAUCUCAGGGAGGAUGGAAGCGAGGAGAACAUUGUUUACCUCUAAGGACCAAGCUUUUUACACAUAUAAAUUGACUGCUUGCUUAUAUUUGUUUGUGCUGAAUAUACAUGCAAAACUGUGGAUAAUCAUAUGAGGGAAUAGUAGUGUACAAAUGUACUGUAUAUGUGCCUUUAUUGGAGUUUGUGGCAACCUCCUUGUUGUGCCUUUUCCUUCAAGAACAGAGCUUUCGUACUACCUGUAAUUACUUGUUUGUGUGUAAAUGACUUCUGUCAGGCUGUUUGGGCCGCCCUCAGCAUGUGCUCCAAAUAGGUCACGACAAAACGUACUGGUCUUAUUUCCCAUUCGCACUUAAUAGACAGUAUCAGUCAGAUGUUUGGAAACACUUUCUUUUUGAAUAGGGUGCAGAAGUGUCUCCUCAGGUUUGACUGGUGCUAUAAGUAGAAAAAAUGUAUGUAUGUGCGUUAUUUGCUCUCAUCAUAUUGCCAUGUGAUCUCAAGUCAUAUUUAUUGAUCAUGCAAGCAAAAGCAACUAUAGUAUAACUGACUUGUGUACAGUAUGUAGGUAUUGUGUGUGUGUAUAGUUUAUUGAAAGGGCUACUUGUGCACUUUCGUUUCUCAAUGAAGUGCUAAUAUGUUCCUCUCUAUCUCCUUUUACGUUGGUAAUUUAUUAUUACUGUAUGUGUAGAUGGAUUCAUGCACUGUCCACAAUGUUUGGUGUAUUUCUUGUAAAAAUGUAACAGGUGAAACAUUGGGCUGCUUAUAAAGGUGGUUGUGUGCUAAAAAAAAAAAAAAAAAAAAAAAGUUCACAACAAACAAGACAUUGUGGGUUGCUGUAUUACUCGUGUUGCACUCUGGUUUGAUGAUGAUGUUGAGUGAAGUACACUAUUAUAUAUUUUAUGUUGUUAUGUCUUGCUGCUUUGCAUAACUUGUGUGCCUCUUUGUCAUCCUGUCAGGCAGAGCUCCCCAUUAUAAGAAACUACCACUGUGUCACCUCAACAAUGCACCUGGGAUGCCACCACAAAGCCAGAGGGGUGCUAUGGCAACAAGCCCAUUGUGUGAGCACGUAUGCAUUCACUGUUUUUUGGUAUCUAUAUUUCCUUUUGUUCAAUACAGUGCCAAUAUCCGUGCGAAUAAAGAGCGGCAGUGAGCUGCUAUUCAGACACGGAUAUUGGCACUAUAUUGACGCCAUGGUAUUAGUACUCGCAAGUCCAUCCCAUGCUACCACAUGACCACAAAACUUAUUAUCCUCCAUUAAUACUGCUACAGAACUCCAGUUAGUCGGCUAUGAGCUCCUCUAAAUUAGUGGUGGGCAAAACUGUUCAUUUCAGUGAACUGGAUCAUUCCGGUUCAUUCAGUAAAAAGAUCCGUUCAUUUCGGUGAAUUUGUCGUUAGCCUGAUCUCCCCCUAUGCAUAGACUCGGUCAGCCGUGUAGUGUCAGUUCGUUGACUCAUGAAUGAACGGCCGACGAGUGUCAGUCAAUCACUCGGUCUCGGCCUUUCAGUCAGAUAACCUCACCCACCCACAGAGCGAGGCGCGACGAUAGGAUAAGACAGGCAAGCACACAGUUAGUCCCGCCCUGCAAAAAGAAUGGUGAACUGACUCUCCAGCCAAUCGAAAAAAAUCAUUUGCAACUGAACUGACUGAACGGGUAUUCAUUCAUUCCGUUCACAAAAAAGAACUACUUCUUUUGACCCGUUCGUUCAUCACCGACACACCACUACUCUAAAUGUACAGUACAGUACUGGUCCCAAAACCAGUCUGUAUUGCCUCAAAUACCAUAUAUACCCAUCCAGA